UUCGGGGAAUAGUCGCAAUAUAGCUGCAACAUGUCGGUAGUCGUCGGUCCCGAGUCGAGUCGAGUGAUCUGUCCCACUUGCAACCUGGAGGUGAUGUCCAGCACGGAGGGAAAGUCAUCAACGAGGACACAUCUGAUAGCGUUGCUUCUCUGUGCCUUAGCUUGUUGGCCAUGUGUACCAUUUUUAUACUGCACGGAUUGUGCACGGAAUGUCGAGCACACUUGCCCCGAGUGCCACAACUAUAUUGGCACCUAUGAGCGAUAAUUUAUUAACUCGAUCUCGCGUGCACUGUUCAAAAUAAAUGUUCUCUAACAUCAACAUUA